AUUUGAGCGAUAUAUGAAGAUUAUUAAGGGGUAUGUUAGGAAUAGAAGUCGGCCAGAAGGAUGCAUCGUCGAAUGCUAUAUUGCAGAAGAGGCAGUUGAAUUUUGUUCUGAAUACCUGACUGGUGUACAAAGAAUUGGGUUAAAUGAUGUUGAAAAUGUUGAGAUUCAGAGUCGUCGUGGUAGCGUUGUAUGCACAGUAAAUCGAGAUAUACUAGAUGAAGCGCAUCGUCUUGUGUUGCAGAAUAUAAAUGAAAUUCAACCUUAUAUCGAGGAACAUUUUAAUUGGAUAAAGACCAAAUUUCCAUCCAAGUCAAGGAACUCAAAAUGGUUACAAGACGAACAUUAUCGAACUUUUAGUAGUUGGAUAGAACAAAAGGUAAAUUGAGUUGAUUAUGCAAAG